GAUGGAUGUAGAGAAAGAUAUACUCGUACAUGUAUGCAAUAACAUAACAGUAGACUUAUUUGAAGACUCAAGCAAACAGCCGGUGUUGGUGUUGCCUUACUGUAUUAUAUGUACAGCAUUGUAGUAGCCUGUGUCAGAACUCGUGUGGAAAACAUGGAGAUCAAAUUCACAAACGAUUCGGCGAGAGUUCAGGACUACCUCAUCUCACCGUCUGGCAUGGACGCUCGUCUGGAGCGGAUACACAACGUCUGCAAAGAAUGGAGCGUUCCUGGCAAGGUGUCCAUUAUAACAGUGUACCCACCUCGGCACACAGCUUACUGCAUCAACCACAAAGUGGCCUCUACAUACUGGCUGCAAGUGUUCCGGUAUCUCUACAACGACACGACCAGGGAUGUGCACAGACCCUCGGACAUUUCCAAGUUUGAAACACAUCUCUCACAGUUUAGAUAUGUCGAGUUCCUGAAUUUCUACAACCUGACAAUACAGCGAGAUUUGACCCGCAAUUACUUCCGGUUCAUGAUCACUCGCGAACCUUACAAACGCCUGUGGUCAGUGUACAUCGAUAAAUUUGUCUUAGUGGACGGCUGGUUCUGGGACCUCUUUGCUCCAGAAAUUCGGACGCGAUAUUUGGCCACCUUCGGAAAUGGCGAAACACUGGAAAACACAAAAUGUUUGAAAGACAUCUCGUUCAAAGAAUUCAUUCACUACGUUUCAGAAAUCGGCAGCAAAUCGCCCGAAAAUCUCAACGACCACAUGAUCCCCGUCCACUACACAUGUAACCCAUGCCACUACAAGCCGACCUUUGUGGGCAAUCUGGAGACUAUGACAGACGAAAAACCAAUCAUCUUAGAUCGCCUGGGUCUGUCAAGAAUAGACUCGGCCACAAAUUUCACAGAUCACGUAUUGAACGAAAUCACAACUAUCGCCGACUUCGAGUUCGACUCAGUCCUUGCGCACAAGUACCAAAGACGCUGCCUCACAGACGCAGAACUGGAGACGAGGAUUAUUCGCGCGUUUGUGUUCAACGGUUAUUUUCGUGAAGACGUUUUCACUGAAGUUGAGCAGUUGCUACCACUCGGGCGGGACCGUUUCGUUCCUGUCCUGAUGGAGAUUUUUACCAAUUCUAACAUCACUCCUUCAGAGAGCUCCAGUCUAAGGAAACGCUUUAUGCUGGAAGCUUACUCUCACAUCCCGCUGUCAAUGUUGAAAAACUUGAAAAUAACUUAUACUUUCGACUUUCUUUUGUUUGGAUAUAACCCAGAACCGCCCGAUAUUUUUGCCCAUACAAAAACUGACUCGACUUAAGUGCAUUAAUCGUCAUUAUUCAGAUUGUAUUCUGUGUGUUCAUCGCAUUGUGUUUGUUGCGUGUUUUUAUCCGUUCAUAAACAUCUUGCUGACUUAUAUGCCUCAUAGUAAAA